UUACUUCUUUCUUUCUCUCUUUCUCUCUCUCUCUCUCUUUCUUUCUUUCUUUCCAGAUUCCGGACCCAUUCCAGACUUACUACAGGAAAUUCUCUAAAGGUGAGGCAGUUUUUUAAAGACAGCAGCUCUCUCUGUUGCCCAUGCUGGAGUGCAAUGGCCUGAUCAUAGCUCACUGCAGCCUCGACAUCUUGGGCUCAAGCGAUCCUCCCCCAUCAGCCUCACUGAGUAGCUGGGACUACAGAUGUGCACCACUGUGCCCGGCAAACUAAAAAAAUAAUUAUUUUUGGUAGAGACAGGGGUCUUGCGAUGUUGCCCAGGCUGUUCUCAAACUCCUGGCCUCAAGUGAUCCUCCUGCCUCAGCCUCCUAAUGUGUUUGGAUUACAGGCAUGAGCCACUGAGCCCGGCCUAGCUACCCUGUCUGAGUUGUGCCCACUACACAAAGGUGUCAGGUACAUGAGAUGUCUGUGCAUUUCUGGCCUGGACCCCACAUUAAGUGCUCCGUAAACAUCAGUCUUUGUUAUCAACAGCACUGUGUUUUGGCUGGAAGAAACUUCUCUAAAACCAGGAAAUCAGGAAUCAGCAGUUUUAAGUUCUCCAGGUUAUAUUUUAACAUUGUGUUCAUAUGCAAAACAAAGGUUGUGAAUCAGCACGAAUGCUCGCAAGCCCUGGAAGGUUCGUGAUCAUGGACUUUCACGAGGACCCAAGGCAAGGAGAGACAGAAGCCCAGGACAACAGCAUGGGCGCCCAUUUUCUGUCGGGCGCCGCUUUUCAGUCAGGCGCCGCCUGAACUACAUUUCCCAUAUCCAAUUGCCGGGCUCCUGCAGGAUUGGCCAGAACAACGCGGAAGUGAUUACGGGUCGCCCAGCAACGGGCGGAGUCCUGGUCGGAAACUUGAUGCGCACGCCCCUUCCCUGCGGCGGGGAGCCUGAGAAGGCUCAGCUCCCCCUCCAGCGCCUUGGAGCGCUCUCCGGCUUUGAUGUCUAGCCCGGCGGCAGCGCGAUCUCUUAGGCCCUUUCACCGCCUUCCUCUCCAGGCCCUGCCCCUUUGACGCCGGCAGUCGCGAUAUUGCGGAGACUGGAUUUCAGCUUCGUGGUCGGCGGAGCGGCCCGUGGAGGGCGCAGUGCGCAAGCGUGAGCGGUCGGGCACCGACGCGCGCGGGUCUCGUUUGGCGCGGGAGUGAGUUCCUGGGCGAGGGGACCCGGCAGCGGGCGAUCGGGGGUCAGGUGCCUCCAUAGUCAGCAUGGCAGCGCUGCGCUACGCGGGCCUGGAUGACACGGACAGUGAGGACGAGCUGCCUCCGGGCUGGGAGGAGAGAACCACCAAGGACGGCUGGGUUUACUACGCCAAUCACACCGAGGAGAAGACUCAGUGGGAACAUCCAAAAACUGGAAAAAGAAAACGAGUGGCAGGAGAUUUGCCAUACGGAUGGGAACAAGAAACUGAUGAGAACGGACAAGUGUUUUUUGUUGACCAUAUAAAUAAAAGAACUACCUACUUGGACCCAAGACUGGCGUUUACUGUGGAUGAUAAUCCGACCAAGCCAACUACCCGGCAAAGAUACGACGGCAGCACCACUGCCAUGGAAAUUCUCCAGGGCCGGGAUUUCACUGGCAAAGUGGUUGUGGUCACUGGAGCUAAUUCCGGAAUAGGGUUCGAAACCGCGAAGUCUUUUGCCCUCCAUGGUGCACAUGUGAUCUUGGCCUGCAGGAACAUGGCAAGGGCGAGUGAAGCAGUGUCACGCAUUUUAGAAGAAUGGCAUAAAGCCAAGGUAGAAGCAGUGACCCUGGACCUCGCUCUGCUCCGUAGCGUGCAGCAUUUUGCUGAAGCAUUCAAGGCCAAGAAUGUGCCUCUUCAUGUGCUUGUGUGCAACGCAGCAACUUUUGCUCUACCCUGGAGUCUCACCAAAGACGGCCUGGAGACCACCUUUCAAGUGAAUCAUCUGGGGCACUUCUACCUUGUCCAGCUCCUCCAGGAUGUUUUGUGCCGCUCAGCUCCUGCCCGUGUCAUUGUGGUCUCCUCAGAGUCCCAUCGAUUUACAGAUAUUAACGACUCCUUGGGAAAACUGGACUUCAGUCGCCUGUCUCCAACAAAAAACGACUAUUGGGCGAUGCUGGCUUAUAACAGGUCCAAGCUCUGCAACGUCCUCUUCUCCAACGAGCUGCACCGUCGCCUCUCCCCGCGCGGGGUCACGUCGAACGCAGUGCAUCCUGGAAAUAUGAUGUACUCCAACAUUCAUCGCAGCUGGUGGGUGUACACACUGCUGUUUACCUUGGCGAGGCCUUUCACCAAGUCUAUGAGACAAGGUCUCCCUGUGUUGCCCAGGCUGGUCUGGAACUCCUGUGCUCAAGCCAUCCUCCCACCUCAGUCUCACAAAGUGCUGGGAUUACAGGUACAAGCCACCAUGCCAGGCCAUUGGUAUACCAUUGUUUUUCUUAAACAUUUAUUUAUUUUCUUAUAUUUAUGGCAUAUGUGGUCAUUUAAAAUUAUUUUAUAGCAUAUAAAAGUAAAAAGAAUAUAAAUUAAUUUUUUAGCGUUAAUAUUAGGGAAGACAAUCUGACAUUUAAAAAUACAUGUCUAUAUGUGUAUACAUACACAGAAGUAUAUAUAUAAAUACAUACAAGUACUAGUGGCUGCUAAUAGGUGGCGCCACUUUUUAUGUGUUUGUGUUGGGGGUGGAAUUAGCAUGUAGGGGUUGGGAAAGGGGCAGGAGGCUCUGGGAUGAUUAGUAUAUUCUUAUUUGGCCUGGGAGGGAAAAAAAAAUCUUUCAUUUCCAACAAUAUUCAUUCUCUGUGUCACCUCAACAUUUAAUUUACUUCCCUCACACAACUACUUGAAGUUGUCCCAGGCUAGUUGGUCCUAUUAAUUACAACCUAGAGGGAUUCUAUUAGUAAACUAAUGGAUUACAGUAUCUAAAUGGAAGCCAGCAGAUGACUUUGGAAGGACUGAUCCGCAAGGGCCUUCUGUGGGAAGAUUAAAUGAAGCUUCCUUUAGCCUUCUCAGGUGGCCACAGUUUCCCAUAACCUUAGAGAUUAUCUAGGCCAAGGCUAUUAAUUUAGAGAUUAAGAAGCCAAACCCAGAAAGGUUAAAAGACUGUCGUAAGUUCACACUGAAAGAGAGCGGUGUAAUGCCCUUUUCACCAGGCUCCAAGAAAUUUGCCUAUUUCAUGUUUUAACGGACAUGGUAUCCCCAGCAUUUUAAAUAAAUGCCCUUUUCUUGCAUAAGUAACUGGAUAUUUCCGAGGGGCCUACAAGUGGAGCGUGAGUUCAUCUUUCAUCAGGAGAAGCAGCUUUUCCUCCUCUUGUAUCCAUUUUCUUCCUUUUCUAACCAUCAAGGUCAUGCGGUAUCUGCCAUUUUGCAUAUUCUUGCUUUGCUUCAUGUUUUCCUUAAACUCUGUGCACAUGAAUAUUUGUGGUAUAUGGCUUAAUUGUAAGCGAUCAGGCAUCAAUGGCUUUUUAUGAGGCAAAAUUUACUUUCUGCACUUGCGUGUGCCAUUAUUACAGAUUGCUGAUGUUUGCCAAUGGAUAUUCUUGGAAAUCGUCUUCUGGUUUAAAUGCAGUUAAGUAUUUAAAAAUAAUACCAGUGACAUGUUUGCAUUUACAUUCAGCCUGACGGCCUACUUGAUGCUGCAAAUGAAAAAUUGUUAGACUAGAUUUUAUUUUAUUUUAAUUCUUUUUGAGACAGGGUCUUACUCUGUCACCUAGGCUGGAGUGCAGUGGUGCAAUCAUGGCUCACUGCAGUCUGGACCACCCUGGCUCAGGUGAUCCUUCCACCUCAGCUUCCCGGGUAGUUAGGACUACAGGCACACACCAGCAUGCCCAGCUAAUUUUUUGUAUUAUUUAUAGAGAUGGGUUUUUCACCAUGUUGUUCAGGCUGGUGUUGAACUCCUGGGCUCAAGCAAUCCGCCCACCUCGGCCUCCCAAAGUGCUGGGAUUACAGGCAUGAGCCACUGUACCUGGACUCCACUAUGCCUUCUCCUCCCCUUCCCUCCCUUCCCCACCCUACAGAGUCUUGCUCUUCUGCCCAGGCUUCACUGCAGUGGCACUAUCUGGGCUCACUGCAACCUGUGCCUCCCGGAUUCAAGAGAUUCUUGUGUCUCAGCCUUCCAAGUAGCUGGUUUUACAGGCAUGCACCACCACACCCAGCUAGUUUUUGUAUUUUUAGUAGAGAUGGGGUUUCACCAUGUUGGCCAGGUUGCUUUCGAACUCCUGACCUCUCCUCGGCCUUGCAAAGUGCUGGGAUUAUAGGUACCCCGCCUGGCUGAUACUUUCCUUAGUUGUUUUCAGUGUAAUAAGCUGUCUUCAGUCUACUCUAUGUCCUUUUCUCUCCUUUCCUCCCUGAAUACUCAUGCUUCCAAUGCAUAGAUUUCUCCAACCCUGAAUAUGAUUGAUACCAACACCAUACUAGCUGUUCCACAGAUGCCUGUUUGUUUUGCAGAACAUUGGCCUGAAUGACUCAGACUUGGAGUUUGGAAGAGGGAGAACUGAUGUGACCUGUGGCAGACAUGUGCAAUGACCUGCUGUGUCCUUGUUUUUGAAGAACUAAAGAGUAGACUUGACCACUUUUUAAACAUGAUAUUCGAUCCACGUGGCAUAGCAAGGAUGGGAUCCACAAGAUGGACUGAUCUUUAGGCAAUCCUCGUGACCAUAAAUACUAAACGAAUGCUCUAUUUCAGUUGAGUUUUUAGUUUGCUCUGUUACGUGAGGACACAUUACUUGCACCUCACUGUGAGUUUGAAAGUGUUUUCUAUGGAGAAUAAUCCUGAAGAAAUAGGCCCUCCAGAUAUCAGCAGGGACAGGGGUGUCACUAAUCUUGAUUAUUAAGUUCUUGCCACAGAUAGAAGCCAUGCUACUGCGCAAGUUUCAUACUUGAAGAGUGGGCAUCUGACACAGCGUUGGUGGUUGUUAAAGUGUAUGGCUAUUACUGUGUUGCUUUGAAAGCUUGAUGCCGCAACAAAAGUGCAGAAUUCCAUGUUUGAUACUUUUUUGACUUGAUUAAAAUGACUUGUGGAUACUGAUUUCACUAUCCGUGACUGCUGGUCUUAACUUUCUCAUGUACUUAUUUUAAACCAGAGAGCCCACCUGUCCAAUUCUAGCUUUUCCUGGGCGUCCUGUAUUUGACACAGGCCCUCCCAGCAUUCUGAGUCACCGUCUGGUGCUCUUGCACUGUCCGUUAUCCAAGUGAGGAACUCAUCAGUAAGGCCAGAAAGGAAAGGGAGAGGAAAAAAAAAAAAAAAAAAGAAAAAAAGAGUGUAUUUACAGAUGGUAAAGAAUUCUGGGCAUGAGACACCCAGCCAAACAAGUAGAAUGUGUGCAUAGGUGGGACUGCUGAUCUUGUUUUAUGAAAGAAAUAAAGGCAAGUCAGACAGAUCCUUUUGCAAGGAUCCCCAUGUGUGUAUGUCUAACCCAGUGACAGGUAAGGCAGCCAGGAGCUGCUGUUAUUUCAGUGCAAAGCUGUUUUCACAAUCACAGCCAUGCACAGCUCAAAAACCUUCACAGGUCAUGGCUGAAUACCUUCAGUGUGCCCCAUGUAAAAAUACACUGCAAGUCGAUUGGACAUGCCCUAUGAAUUAUACCUUAUUUAUGAUCAUUGAGCCCUCCCUUUUCCCGUCAUGCUUUAGAAUUAUGGGCUGGAGCAGUUUUUAAUACUCUAUUUAUUUUAGGGGAGGAAAAUGUUUUUCUUUAACCACAACAUUCAUGCAAUACCAACUGCUGGCAGUUUCCCCAGCAUUUAAGGAAAUAUUGUUGUAAGACUUUUAUGUUCUGUACUUCAAUCAGCCAGAGCCAGCAGUAUCCCAAUAGAAGGACCCUCAACAGACCAUUUUCAGCAUUUUGCUACAAUUAAACUCCUCUGGUUUUAGCCCUCAGGCAAGUUAGUACCUUUUUACAUAUGCACAUUAUGAACUUUUGACCAGAGUCUAGCAGUCGUAUAUUAGAGUGCUGCUCUUGAAGGCAGGCUUAACAAGUUCCUCUGAGUAUUACAGUUGGAGUCAGUUGUGGAAAAGGUAAUUUAAGCAACUUGCAGUGAGGCCAUUCAGAAUCUCAGCGAUGAUCCUAAAUAUCUUUUUUUCUUGCUCACACUCUUUUUUUUUUUUUUCUUGUUUCCUCUGGAAGCUGGUAGCAGGAGCUUUCAAAGUCUGUGAUUGAUCUUUUAUUCAGUAGCUAACGAGGGCUGUGAUUCUAUUAGCGCGCUACAAGGCAAGAGAACAGUGAUUUAAUGAAGUGUCUAGUGAGCCGGCCAUAGAUUUAUCCUGUUGUCGCUAAUUUGCAGCGCCCUUGCCAGCAUAAAGGAAACUGCACUCACACUGCUAUUAAGCAGGUAUUUCCUUAGUAAAUUGUUGUAAGGUCAGGUACAGUUAUCUGAGCAAAAGCAAUGCCUUACCUCUUCAGUGUCUGCAAAUGACAGCCGCCGUGCUGAGCGCUCACUGAAGUGGAACCGGGAGAUCAGAGGUCCGUCUCCAAGUCGCCCUUAGCGGAGGCAGGAGCAGCCGAACUGCCAAGCAGGAGUAAUAGAGUCAUAAUUGGUGAUUAGAACUGGAAAGGUGCAAUAACAUCUUAAUACAAACUGGCGUAUGUUAUAGUUACUGUCAGUUGUUGUAAACUCGUCCUGCCGCCUGGACUAGUUACGUUUCCCUUGAUUAGCUCUGAGAAACGAGGCAGCGGGCACUGGGGCAGCCCACACAGACAACAUCCAAAUUUUUGUUGCUUUCCUGGGUCUUGCCCUGUCCUUACUGUUUUCCUUGGGCACCCUGUUCACCCCUUAGAACAUACUACAGUAACCUUUUCCCACCACCGUGGGAGGACUGUGAUUUUGUAAAUGUCCUCUGAUCUUUCCUCUUUGCAGGCGCAGUGACAUUUAUGCACACUGGCUUUGAGGCUCAUUGAACUUUUGUUUUAUUUGCCUUUGCUGAGGCGGGGGCAGGUCUUUGCUUCAUGUUAGAUCCGUAUCCCACUGCAAUUCUGUGUUACUGUAGCAAAUUUGGGGUUGGCGUGCCAGAGUGAAAACACGAAAGAAAAUAAAUAGGCAGCACUGAGAAAUUAUACACUUGAGGUUGGCAUUUUUCUGAACGCAGAGCUAUUUUAGGUGCAGUGCGCAUGUUGGAGGUGCCCUUGCAGGUAUAGGUAGGCAAUGUCCACCCGUGGUAAAAAGCAAUCAAAGAAAUUCUUAUCCGAUGCUUAAUGAAUUGCCAGGCUGGUUAAAAAGGAUAACCCUUGAAACCUAGGGUGUCCAAGUGCUAAUUUAUAUAGACUGGAGAUAUUUCCAUGCCUCGCAGCAGAAUUUUUCUUUAAAUUCACAGAAGCAGCAGCUAUCCAGCAUUGUCCAGAUGUGCUGAGUAGCUGUCAUUAUUGAUAAACAUGUAACUGGUCAUUUGUAUUGUUUUGAGUAGGAUGUAGCUUAUCAGGAUGCAUAGUAGAGAAAAAUGAGAUGAGGUAAUGAGAUCACAUACACUGAAGCAUCUUUCGAACCUGACACAUAGUAGGUUCUCAAUAAAUAUUUUUUGAUUCUGUGACUGUUAGAAUCUGUUGGCUGAAACUCUGUCAUCUGGCUCUCACUCUGCUCCAUAAAACUUGGGUAAUUCUAAUGCUUACUUCACCCCAGGACUGAUGUGUGUUAGGUUAGGGUUUAUGAUCAAGUAAAGAGUUUAAAGAAGUGUUUUAUGAGGGAGUUCUGUUUGCAAAUGAUCACCUGGUAAUUUAAUAGGGUGAGCUAAGCUUCCUAAUUUUCUAAUAUGGACCUUUGGGGCUCAGGACGAGGAUGUUCAAUUUGUACUGCUGGUGGAGCUGCCAUUCCAUUAAGGGAGAUUUUCUCCAAGGGAACAGAAAUCUUAGGUGGUUGUUCUGGAGAUCAGAACCUAGGACAGGCAAGGCCGUGGGCUGUUAUAGAGUAGAUGAAGCUGAUCAGAGCACACCCACACCAGUGACAACCGGUCAGGACCUGGGAAGGGCUCUGACCCGUUCAUCUCAGAGAGAUGUGACAUGAGGAACACUGAGACCUAACGCUUAUUGCUUAAUAUUGUGGACAAGGGACUCUCUGGGUUGUCUAGUACUAAGCAGAAUGGAAGGGAAGGAUGGAAGGAAGAGAGGGAGAGACGGAGGGAGAUGGAGGACGACAGGGAGAUGGAGGGAGGCAAAAAGAAAAA